AUGGCUUUGCAACCUCCGCAAUUGAAGCUUGAACAAUGUAUUGAUAUUGCCAGCACCAUUGAACUGGGAGGCUAUGGUACCGUUUCUUAUACCUGGGAGUAUAUCAAAGACUUCAAGAUACCACAACCAGACGGAGAAUUACUAGGUCUUCUUUGGGACGUGCCAAGGACUACUGGGUUUGAUCUUAACCGAGGGAAGGAGGUCAUGAAAACUCUGGACUCGUCGAGAGAAGGAGGGCGAUGGCUAGUUCGGGGUUGUGCGCUCCAAGAAGGCGUGCUGCUCCAUGAAACAGUGUUGAUUGGCAGCGUAAGCAAGACUCUCUCAGACGAUACAUUUCAGCAUAACGGAGGACGUGCUUCUGUGAUUGAUUUGACUGCGAGAAUUACUGCACUGGCCAUCGCGGUAGCCAAGUCCUUCCUUUUGCAAGCCAAUGGACAAGAACCUCAGAAUAGCAUCGGCGGAGUGACGAGUCAGUAG